AUGGCAACUAACAAAUGUAUUGUACAUUGUUGUGAGCAUGUAUCGGAAUUUGAAACUGCUAUUAAUCAGCUCCGCGGCGAAAACACGUUCUCGGAUGAUGUUUUUCAAGAGUUAUCAACACUAUGUUGUUCUUGUGACGGAAAGGAAGAACUGAAACCGAUCAAUCUUGAAAUUAUCCGUCAAAUGUGUGAAGACAUCAAGUGGUCAUUAUCUACUGUCACUAAAUAUGGAUCCUCAUCAAACAUGAACAAAGUUUUAUUGACGAAAGAAGAGCAUAGUACAGAUCAUGAAGAAACGUCCCAUUCAACUCCAGUGACACACGAUGAGAACACAGAUGAUGAAUCCAUACCAUCCGAUAUACUCGAUCCUAUCGAUGAAUUCAUGAAAACCAUAGAAACGUUCCAAGUAAUAACAGUAACUGACGGAUGUAUUGUGCAUAAUUGCAAGUACCGAUCGAAAUUUAAUCAUGCUGUUAAUAUAAUUCAACGUUCAAAUAAGUUUAACAAUCGUGUUUACCAUGAAUUGCCAAAACGAUGUUGUUCGUGUGAUGGAAAAAUCGGUUUGAAUGUGAUCGAUCUCAAUGUAUUGGUGAACAAAUGCGAUGAAAUUGUGUUGGAUAAAACACAUCAAUCACCGGACGCCUUCUUCCGUAUUGUUAAACUUUCGUUCGAAGCGGAAACGUCUUCUCAAGAACGUCGCGCAAGAAUUUCUCGUCUUAUCGGAAAAAGAGGCUGCAAUUUUGAUGCUCUACGAAAUAAAUACCAGGUUCACAUUCACAUUAUCGACACCUCGUCCAACAAAGCACUUGUUAACAAGAGCAUCAAUGUCAAAAACAAGGAUGACAUAGAAGAAAUAGUUCCCAAUGACGAACUUCGCGUGUUAAUUCGAAGCAAAUCAAAAUUGACGACAGAUGCAACCCUAAUCGAUGAGCUCGAACAAGAAAUCAAUGAAAGAUGGGAAGAAGCAAGUGAAUUUCGAUUUAUUCAAAGAGAAUUUACCUUUGAUGACAAAGAUCAAUUUCAAUUCGUGUGUCUUCCAUUCAAAUUGACGCUCUUACUGAAAGAAAGUCGUCGAUUAAUGAGCCGUUUUAUUAGAGAGAAAGGCGAAUAUCUACGUAAGUUAGAAGAUCAAUACAAUAUUCGCUUACAUAUCAUCAAAAACGAAAAUUUCAAUUACAAAUAUUUUCAAAAAAUCGUCGAAGUACAAAAUGGAAACGCUUCGGAAAAUUUCUAUUUGUUCAUCACCAAGAAAAUCCGAUCGAGUACAAAUGAAAUUCCUAUUGAUGAAGUCAAGAAACAAAUAAUCGAACAAUGGGAACACAAUGCCCAAGAUUGUAAUUCUAAACCAUGGUCAAAAACAAGAUUUCGAUCAAAGUCGUCGAUCAUGAUGAAGUCGUACAACCAACGGCGAUAUAAAAGAAUUCACCGCAAAUAG